AACAACUCCAGCGCAAUUUCAAACAUCUGCCUUCGUGUGUAUAUUGGCUCUCACUCUGAUUCUGCGGCGUCUAGAAGACAUCGGCUCUCUCACGAUCUCCUGCACACCCAUCAUUUUCGCCGAGACCGCCCUCAUUGGCCCGCCGCCAGCCAUCGUCAACAACACCGACACCGCCGCCACGCCCCUCAAGCGGUCUCAGAGGAAAUAGCCUGGGUUUUCAUUUAGUUUGUUAAGGAAAAGGUGCUCAGGAUGAGCACUGGGACUUUCCGGGACCGGGCCAUCGACUCUAUCAAGGUCGCGAUUGCCUUGGACAAUGCCGGGGAAUACGAGAAGGCAUACCCGGCGUAUUGCUCAGCUCUGGAGCUCUUCAUGCUCGCCCUAAAAUGGGAGAAGAACCAGAGGAGCAAAGAGACCAUGAGGGGGAAGGUGGCAGAGUACAUGGAGCGGGCAGAAAAGGUGAAAAAGCAUAUAACGGAGAAUGAGGCGAAUCGAAAGAAACCCAGUGCCAUGGGCGCAAACGGCAAGGCUUCAGAUGGAACCGGAAAGAGCGACGAUACAGAGGAAGACGCCGACUCCAAGAAGCUGCGCGGCGCGCUCGCCGGCGCAAUAUUGUCCGAAAAACCAAACAUUCGGUGGGAAGACGUGGCGGGUCUGGAUCAGGCGAAGGAGGCCCUGAAGGAGGCUGUCAUAUUACCUAUCAAGUUCCCGCAUUUAUUCAGCGGAAAGCGGCAACCGUGGAAGGGAAUACUACUGUACGGGCCGCCUGGUACGGGUAAGAGUUAUCUGGCGAAGGCCGUGGCAACAGAGGCGAACAGCACUUUCUUCAGCAUAUCAAGUUCCGACCUGGUCAGCAAGUGGAUGGGUGAGAGCGAACGGUUAGUAAAACAACUCUUCACUAUGGCUCGCGAGAACAAGCCUUCGAUCAUCUUUAUCGACGAAAUCGACGCGCUGUGCGGCGUUCGCGGCGAAGGAGAUUCCGAACCAUCCCGGCGCAUCAAAACCGAGCUUCUCGUGCAAAUGGAUGGUGUUGGAAAAGACUCCCGCGGUGUCCUCAUCCUAGGCGCCACGAAUAUCCCAUGGCAGCUCGAUGCAGCAAUUCGCCGACGUUUCCAGCGCAGGGUACAUAUCAGUCUACCGGAUCUGCCUGCUAGGAUCAAGAUGUUUGAGCUCGCGGUCGGGAACACGCCCUGUGAGCUUACACCGCAAGAUUACAGGAAGCUGGGAGAGUUAAGCGAAGGCUAUUCCGGAAGCGACAUCUCCAUCGCGGUACAAGACGCACUCAUGCAGCCUGUGCGACUGAUUCAGACGGCAACUCAUUAUAAACCGGUCAUCCAAGACGGCGUGGAAAAGUGGACACCCUGCUCACCUGGAGACCCGCAAGCGAAGGAGAUGACGUGGACGGAGCUCGAUGGCGAGAAGCUUGCCGAACCGCCGCUGCGGCUCAAGGACUUCAUCAAAGCGAUCAAGGCGAGCAGACCGACUGUUAGUAAGGAGGAUCUGCAGAGGAAUGCGGAAUGGACAAAGGAGUUUGGUAGCGAGGGGGCGUAGUGCGAAAGGGGACCAUGCAUUGUGCAGUACGAGAGGUGGGAGACCGGCAGGGCGUCUAUAUGGGUGUGCCCUUCCGUGUCGGUGAUUCUGGAAUGGAUAUAUUUGAGAGUCAGCGUUUUCGUCCCGCUUUGCAAGGCGUAGGUGGAUGUGCAUACCGCGUUUCGAGGUUCUGGUUUCUGAUAGUGAUCCGUUACCCAUGGAAGAUAAGGUUUGGUGGAUCAGGACUUUGGAUAUUUUAGACAAGUUGAUAUCAACCCUAUACGGGGAGAGAGCGCUAAAUAGGCAUCCAAGGUAUGUUAAAGCAAAUCUCACUGCAAAAACUACCUUAUGGUAGGUUUUGGUUGAUGAGACGCGACAUUAGCUAUUAGCAUGUUGGAAAGCAGGAGUGGAUUAUUCCAGAGGAAACUUUCACUCUCCUAGCGGGAUUUAGUUCUCGAGACCUGAGAUUAAGAGUUGAUAUCGAAGUCCUUAAACCUCAAU